CAGAAUUUGGUCAAAAAAUUAAAAUGAGUCGGAGUUUUCGUUAGUGAUGGAUCGAAAACCAUCAGUUAGUCCGUCUUUGCAACCUCGUAAACCAUCUGAAGCCUCCUCUAUCAUUGAAGAAUUAGCACAAGGUCGAAAACCAGUCCCUAAAAGCAUUAGUCGAUUAUCCGUAAUCAAGGAUACAGAAUCAUCGUCAUCAUCAUCAUCAUCAUCAGAAAAACGAAGAUAUUCAGUACAGAAUGCAUCCGGACCUGGAGGUCUUCCUCCAAGAAUCAGUCCACGUCUAACACCAUAUUUAAAUUUACCAAUUACGUCAGCUGGAUCAACACCUGUAUCACCAGCAACAUCGAGAGCAUCGAUUGCAUGCAACUAUGCCAAUACUUGGCGAAUGCCCAAUGACAGAAGCAUCUUGAGAACUUCUUUAUCAGUACCAUUAAGUAUACAAGCUCAACUUCAACAAAGUCAAGCAGUUAAAUCUGAUCAACCUUCCAUUGUAAAAUCUACUACAUCAGCUCCUUUGGCAAAAACAUUUGUCACACCUAAAGUAUCUAUAAGUAAAGUUCCUGAUCCAGAAUUAGAUCCUACUAAAAAACUUGGUCGUUUGCCUAAAUCAUUCCAAUGUAGUUGUUGUCAACAUGUUACAGUGACUAGAACAACUUAUCAUGUUGGUGUUUUAACAUGGCUUAUGGCAGUGUUGAUUUUUUUAUGCGGUGGCGUUCUAGGCUGCUUUCUGAUACCAUUCUUUACGAAUUGUUGUAAAGAUGUUAAACAUGAAUGUCCAUUCUGUGGUACAGAAAUCGGUGUAGUUAAAUGUAUCUAAAAUGUUAAUACUGGACGUCGGAUAGAAUUACCAACUUAAUUGAAAAUCAGUAACAUCGUACACAUACAUAUCAUAUUUAUGUUUAAUAUACUUUACUUAUGUCCUAUGGAGUUGAGCUUUACUUCAAAGUAAACAUAUUCAUCUCGACAAACAUGUAUUGUUUUGAAAAUGCCACCAUUCACAUUUUUUUUAAAAAAACACCAAAAAACCCAAAGACUUUUUAACAACAGCUCAAACAACAAUUUUGUUUUAAUUCUUCAAAUGAUAUGUGAAUCAAAAAUUAUCAGUAAUCUGUAUUUAAUGAUAACAGUGUAACACCAUGGAAAUUAUGUCAAUUAUUCACAACAUGAAACAUUACUGUAAACUCUUCUAUUAUUUUAAUUGUGAAUAUGAUGAUGUUGAAUAAUAAUUUUCCUUGUUACAUAUAUUCAUUCAUAGAACUAACUUAUUUUUUUAAAUAUUUCAUUGAAAAUAUCAAAAUAUGUUUUUUUUUACUGGAA